CCAGCUGCUCCAAACUUACUUUGCAGUAGUCACUGGAAAAUUGAGGGAUGACCCAACGAGGAUGCCAAUUCUUCACCGUUGUUUGAGCCAUAUAAUGAAGAAUGCUAAAAUCUUCUGUAAGAAACAUUCCCCAAAAAACUACAGGCUGUCUAUGCAUGUUUUUGGCCUCUUGACAUCUGCAUCUACAUUGAAAGAGAUGGAAGACAUCCUUAUUAGCAUGGCAGUUGUAUUUUCAAGCCCCAAGAGUGGAGAAAAUGUGGAAAAGCAUUUUCUCAACCUUCAGCACAAGAUGCAAAAAAUUGGCAUUUCUGAAAAUAUGACAGAACAAGCAGAGGAGCACUUGAGUACAGAGGAGCUCGACAUGGGAGAAACACCUUUUCAGCGGCACUUCGAAAACAUCAUUGCAGAGGCACCUGUACAUGAUGAGGGGGGGGCAAAUGAAUACCAUUCUACUACAUUCAUGCCCAAUCUGGUCAAGUACUUCCUGCCUCAUGCUCCUCUAUGGUCAGCACUUAUGCUUGGAGAUUUAGGUCGUCAUGGAAAAGGUUGUGCCUAUGAAAAUCUUUCAAAGAAGUUUGAGCGAUGCAGUCACUUGGACACACAGAAUUACACCAAUGACAAUAAAACACAAGGGAUAAUGGAGAAAAGCCAAUGGGACCUAAAGCAUGUGCGCUUACAGAGACGUCGCCUCACAAGACUGGACGAUUUUGUUCAUGUUUAUCAAGCAACCCAUUAUGCCCUGUUAAAAGAGUUUUCAGACUCUAAUCACAAGAAAAAGACUCACAGGGUAGAUGUUGAGCGCUGGAAACAAAGAAGGCAGUCCAAGAAAGGCAUUUAUGUAACACCAUUGCUAAAGGUUUUUCCCUUCAAGAAAGCCCAACAGCAGCCCAGUGUGCCAUCCAAGACAAGUAAACCAAAGGCAGCAAACAAAAAAACAAAUAUUUGCAGACAAAACACUACUGCUGUGGAAGGAUAUGACUCAUUGACCGAAGAAAAGGCACAACCAGAAAAUCUGUUUGAUGACACAAAGGUCAGUGGGAUAGCAUCACCUACCGAACCAAUAAAAACAACCCCAGCAAAAGGCAGAGACGUCAUGACUGUAAUGGAUGCAGAUGACACAUCACAUAAAAAAAACGAAAAACAGAUCCAGUCUGCUGACACUAAAGCAAAAAAGAAGCAAGAAAAAGUAAAGAACCUUGGGCCAUGCUGGCAGGACAAGAACCCAACCGAGAAAUUGCCUACAUUUAGGCUUUGUAGACCACAACAAGCCCCAAAAGGAAGUGCACUGAGUUCCAUCCUUCACCCUCAGCAUUGGCUCACAAGUGAUGAGGUUGAUUUAGCAUCUUACCUUAUGGCCAGGGACUACACAGAAAUUGACGGUUUCCAGUCAACCCUGUUAUUUAGUGCCUUAGAAACAGGAGGAGUUGUGGGAACGCCAACCAGACCGUUUGUUCAAAUUUUACACAUUGGUGGAAGUCACUGGGUGACAGCAAGUAACCUGUUUGCUGGCAAUAAUGAGGUAUUCAUAUACGAUAGCCUCUCUACAGUGUUGAACAGUAGUACAAAACAGGUCUUGUCGUGGUUGUUGAGGCCAAAGGAAGACCAAUUUAUCAUUAAAUGUCCACCUGUACAGCAGCAAUCGAAUAGCAGCAAUUGUGGCCCAUUUGCAAUUGGGUUUGCUUAUGUGCUAUGCUGCAACAUGAGACCUGAGAACUGUCAGUUCCGUGAGGGACGGAUGAGGGACUGCACACCACAAAGAAGUAAUGGUGCAGUGUUCAAAGUGCCAUAG